AUGGUUGAUCCAUUUUUAUCAGAUCCUAGUAAUAAAAAAAGGAAAAGAAAACAGCAGAAAUCUGUAGAUGAAGAAUUAACAAGUGAAUCAGAAACUGAACAAAUAUCCGAAGAAAGAGAAGAAUUAUCGUCUGAUGAAGAAUUUAAAGAUGAAAAUGCUGCUGAUAAACGUAGAAGGUUGGCAAAACAAUAUCUUGAAAAUUUAAAAUCACAAGAAUUACAAUUACAAGAAGAUUUACAAACAUUUGAUGCUAAAGACUUAGAUGAUGAUAUAUUAUCAAGAAGAUUACAAAAAGAUGUAGCUGAAACUAAGGGCCAUGUAUAUAAAUUUAUUGCAAAUAAAGUCUCACAACAAUUGGAUGAUGAAAAUUUUAUAAAAUUAAUAGUGACAAGAAUUGGUAGUCAAAAUUUAACUAGUAUGGCGAUACAUUACCCAUAUUUAUAUACUGUUUCAAAAGAUAUGGAAAUUAUAAAAUGGGAUUUAGAUAAUAAAAAACCAAAAAGAAUAAAACAUAGAAAAGGUGGAUUAAAAUAUUUCAAUAUAAAUAAAAAUAUAAGUUUAAAUAAUCAUUGGCAACAAAUAAAUUGUAUAGCUGCUUCACCAGAUGGUAGAUUUGUUGUUACUGGUGGUGCUGAUUCAAGAUUAAUUAUAUGGUCAAGUGAAAAUUUAUCAUGUUUAAAAAUAUUAGAAACUAGAUCAGCUGUUAAUUCAAUAACUUUUAAAAAAAAUAGUGAUCAAUUAUAUGCUGCGUGUGCAGAUUUAAGAAUUAGAACUUAUUCAAUAAAUCAAUUUACGCAAUUGGAAAUUUUAUAUGGUCAUCAAGAUAAUAUUACAGAUAUAGAUUCAUUGAAUAGAGAAACUUGUGUAUCUGUUGGAUCAAGAGAUAAAACUGUAAUGUUUUGGAAAAUAGCUGAAGAGUCUAGAUUAACAUUCAGAGGUGGUGAUUCAAUAGAGAAAAAGAAAAGAGAUGAUAUAUAUUAUGAAGGAUCGAUUGAUGUAGUUUCAAUGAUUGAUGAAACUCAUUUUUUAACUGGAUCUGAUAAUGGAAAUAUUGCAUUAUGGUCAUUGGCUAAAAAAAAGGCAUUAUUUAUUAAAAGAUUAGGUCAUGAUUUACAACCAGAAUUUAAACCAAAUGAAGCAAGUGCUGAGACAGAUAACGAAAUUACUGCUCAACAAAUACCUCCACCUCAACCUUAUUUGAUAACUUCAAUACAUGCAAUACCUUUUAGUGAUGUUUUUGUGACUGGUUCUUUUGAUGGUACAAUAAAAUUUUGGAAAUUAGAUGAAAAUCUACGUUCAUUUCAACAAAUUGGUCAAAUUGAUAAAUUAAAAGGAUUUGUAAAUAAAAUAACAACGUGUGAAGUAGACAAGACUUUAAAAGUAUUUAUAUUAUUAAGUAAAGAGCAUAGAUUUGGUAGAUGGUAUAAAAUAUCUGGUAGAAAUGCAUUAGUUAGUUUUAA